GAGAAUUAGAGAGGUGUGGACGACUGUAUACAAAUACAUACACAGAUAGAGACAGAGGUAGAGAUAGAGAUAUAGAUAUAGAUAGACAUAGAGAUAGAGAUAGAGAUAUAGAGAGAGAGAGAUGCAGCAGCAGCAGCAGCAAGCAGAAGGUGAAGCAGAAGCAGUAAUGUAGAGAUGGGUCCAUUGUCCUCUACACGAAUUCAUGACCUUUUCCUGUAAGGACACGAUCCGGGUCUGCCGCUCCUUUCACCAUUCUCUACCCUCAAACAACCUUCCCCUCUCUCUCUUCGAUCAAAAUUACAAAAGCUAGCUAACAAUCGAUCAGAAAAAAGCCAAUUCGAGUUAAAAAAAAAAAUGGAAGAUCAAUACGGGAUAGCCGAUCUGCGGCAGUACAUCACCAGCAGGCCAUUGUUUCCGGCGAUCCCUCAGCCGCCGGACUUGCUCUCCACCCACCGGGGCUUGAACCUCAAUCCCCCGCCCCAUCUCUACGAUAUGCUCCUCUUCCGCUCAGAUUCCACCACUCCCGGAAAUACUAAUGCCGGAGGCACCAGCAACACCGCCGCCGCCGCUGGGUGUUUCAGUGCUUUCGAAACUGGGCUUAAUGUUGGGGUCGGAGGUUGCGGCGGCGAUAGCGGCGCUGGGAGAUGGCCGAGACAGGAGACGCUCACUCUUCUGGAGAUUAGAUCGAGGCUCGACCACAAGUUCAAGGAGGCGAACCAGAAGGGUCCCUUGUGGGAUGAAGUCUCCAGGAUAAUGUCCGAGGAACAUGGAUACCAGAGAAGUGGCAAGAAGUGCAGGGAGAAGUUCGAGAAUUUAUACAAGUAUUACAAGAAGACUAAAGAGGGUAAAGCUGGAAGGCAAGAUGGGAAACAUUACAGGUUCUUUAGACAGCUCGAAGCUCUCUAUGGUGAUUCCAACAGUGCAGCCUCAGCUUCGGAAGCAGCAAUUAAUCUUGCAGGAGGUAAUUAUAUCUACAAUUAUCCUAACACAAACACUUCUUUAGCAACUCAUCAAGAAUCGUUCCAAGGCCAGAAAGUCUCCGACACUAGCCUUAGCCUCUCGAAUUAUUCCGAUGCUGAUACUAGUUCAUCAGACAACGACAACACUAACUUUAACAAAGUGAUGGAUGAUGAAGAUGAAGAAGACGAUGACGACGAUGAAAAUAAUAAUAACAAUGGUGAGGGCAAUGAUAACGAUAGAAAGAACAAGAAAAGAGGGAAGAGGGCCUGGAAGGUGAAAAUUAGGGAUUUCAUCGAUUUACAGAUGAAGAAAUUGAUGGAGAAGCAGGAGGCCUGGAUGGAGAAGAUGAUGAGGGCCAUGGAGCAGAAGGAGCAAGAAAGGAUGAUGAGAGAGGAGGAAUGGAGAAAACAAGAUGCUGCAAGGAUGGAAAAAGAGCACAAAUUCUGGGCAAGUGAAAGGGCCUGGAUUGAAGCUCGGGAUUCUGCUCUAAUGGAAGCACUUCACAAACUGACCGCCAGGAAAUUGGAUUAUCCAGCGGCGGAGGAGAAUCAGAUCAUGGCAGCAGAAAACCAGAACGAUGAUGGAAGCGAGACGAUGACAAAUUCGACAAGAGGAGGAGGAGGGGACAUGAUCUGGGCAGAGAGUGAAAUCAGCAGAUUGCUUCAGUUAAGAACAGGCAUGGAAGCAAAAUUCGAGCAGCAGCAGCAAAGUGGGGGAUCGUUAUCAGAGGAGGUGCUGUGGGAGGAAAUAGCAACAAAAAUGGCGUGUUUCGGACAUGACAGGUCUGGCAUGAUGUGCAAAGACAAGUGGGAUAGAGUCAAUAAUUAUCUACUCAAGUGCAACAAGAAAAGAAAGGAGAGCACAAAAGGCUGCAGCAGCAACAGCAACAGCAACGUUGUAUUGUAUAAUAAUUUUCAGAGAAGUAAUAAUAUGGAACAAAUAUCGAAUCAAGGAGGAAGAGGAGGAGGAGAUAACAGUAAUGUCUUUUCUUGUGAGACUAGUGCUAGUGAUCAUACAAUCAGGCUUAAUAAUGAUCAUGGCAGCUCCACAUCUCCCAACAACACUGCAGCAGCCAUGACUGAGAAUUGCUUGAGGUACUUCUUGGGUGAUGCUUAUGGAAGAAUUAUGGAUUGAUGGAUGGAUCAUUCAUUUCGAUGCUCAAAUGACUGUAAGAAAUGGGGCCUCAUAAUUAAUCGAUGAUCAGAUAGCGAAAGGUCGGCUUAGUACAAUGCUGCUCAGAGGUAACUGAUGACAUAUAAUAAUGUCGGUGAAUCUGAAUUAGAUAUAUCUAUCUGUCUGUCUGCUAGCUGAUGAUUAUUAUUAUUAGUAUUAUUAUUAUUAUUAUUAAUUGAUUUAAAUAGCUGCAUUUUAUGUGUUCUUGAUCGUCUACGUACCUUGUGGGUGAAUAAUUUGGGUUAUGUGUUUGUUUGUUGUAUUGUUUUUUGCUAGAUUUGGACUUCUGUUAAUUAAUUGAAGACUUUGUGAACUACUAUUGAUUUUGUUAUAU